UCAGCUCCUGUUACCCCCUCCUCCUCUUUAUCACAGACUCACCUCCUCCAGCUCGACAGCUCUCCUCCACCAUGGCGGCACUGUGGCUCCAGUCUGUCUCUCUGCUUGUCUUACUGAUGGCGUCGUGGCCGGCGGGCGCUCAGGCUGUCUCCGCCCCUCAGCACCUGUGCGGCUCUCACCUAGUCGACGCCCUCUACCUGGUCUGCGGGGACAGAGGCUUCUUCUACAACCCCAAGAGAGACGUGGACCCCCUGCUGGGUUUCCUUCCCGCAAAGGUGGGCGGAGCCUCAGCGGCGGCAGGCAGCGAGAAUGAGGCGGCCGAGUUCGCCUUCAAGGACCAGAUGGAGAUGAUGGUGAAGCGCGGCAUUGUGGAGCAGUGCUGCCACAAACCCUGCAACAUCUUUGACCUCCAGAAUUACUGCAACUGAGGCCCAGCGUUGUCACCUGACCCUGAGCCCGACCCCUGACACCUGAAGAAACAACAACAACAACCCCAAUGCUGAGAAAUGGACCAAUUUAUUUUUCCUAGAAAAUAAAGUAUUGUGACUUAUGG